GAUGAAACAGAGAUACCUCGUCGGCAAAAUGAACGUUCCUGACGAGAAGGAGGGAGGUCACGAUGAGGUCACGAUGGAGACGCUCGCUGAGACGUGCAUCGAGAAGAGCCUCCUGCUCUUCAGAUUCGCCGCCUGCCAGGACGGCGACUCCUCCAAAGCCGCAGAGGGGAGCGCUGCUCCACUGCUCCGCUCCAGCUCCAUCUCCGAGGGCGACUUCCAGGCCAGCUGCGCUCAGGGAGCUCAGACCGCGGCGUCUGAGGAGGCCGGCGAAGCCCGGCCGGGACCCAGCCAGCCCUCCUCGUCCUCCUGUGGGCCCGGCAGGCAGGGCCACAGGGGCUCCACGGAGAGCCUGUCCUCCCAGCAGGGGGAGCCGGCCUCACCCUCCGCCUUCCCCCGAAAAGCCCCGUUCAGCCGGGCGCGCCUGCGCCUCCUGUCCUGCCGAUCCAUAGAGGAGCCCCGCAUGGCCCCCUCCGUCAAGGACCGCCACCCGAUCCUGAAACACAUCCUGAACUUCAUGAGGGACCAGGCGCUCACAACCGCCAGCAUCCUGCAGACGCUGUCGCUGAGCAGAGCUCAGGCUGUGAGUGUGUGUAAGGUCCUGGAGAUGGUCCGGCAGUGUUUGCAGUCUCUGGGGAAACCUCACCUCUUCCAGGCGCCGUGCAUCCUCUUCCUGCAGGAGCUGCUGGCCUGCCAGAAAGACUUCACCGGUUAUUUCUCCCAGCUGUCGGACAGCGGGCAGAAGCUGGGCGAGGAGGUGAGGCGCUCCUACCAUCAGCUGGUGCUCAUGCUGGUGGAGGCGGUUCAAGGCUUCAGCGGCCUCAAUGAGAAAGCUCUGCUGCCGGCCCUGUCCUGCGUGCAGACCUGCCUGCUGCACCUCCUGGACAUGAGCUGGGAGGUCCACGACCUCCCGCUGUUCCUGGACAUCAGGCUGCCCGACCUCCUGCUCAGCAUGUCGCAGGAGAACAUCAGCGUUCACGACAUCGCCAUCAGGUAACGCCAGACACGCCUGAGAAAACACAUCAGCGCGCAGCGUGCAAAGAAAAGCUUUUAUUUGUGUCUGUUUCCAGUCUCUCAAAAUCUACAAUUCUAAAUAUCAAGAUAUUUUUUA